AGCCUGCCUGCUCGGAUGUUCCUCAUGAACGCUGCUCCAGUGGUGGAGUUCCAAUCCAGAUAGGAGGCCUUUGGUCAGCCCAGGAGAGUCUGCUUUCCAGACUGCUUCUCAGAUCAGGACACCUCCAGGGCUUCAGUGAGUACAAGGGUACACAUGCUGCAGAGAGACAAGGCUGCCCUGGGGGUGACCUAUGAGCGUGUCACACAGAGAGGCCGACGUGCAGAGAGGUCCCGGGACACCAGGCUGGCCCCCAAGCCUGCUGUGUGCAAAGAGCAGCCAGAGUUCCCUACCUGUGGUCUUGUUGCAAACCGCGGCACCCUGGAGAAAGAUGAAGCUGGGAGACAUGGUCCCUUAGAGCUGACUUCUGACAGUGAUGACUCGGUGGACCGGGACAUUGAGGAGGCUAUCCAAGAGUACCUGAAGGCAAAGGGUGGGGCUUCUGAACCUGUGUCCCAGGGGGUCCCUUGUGUCCCAGAGCCUGCCCACAGCAGUGCCCUGCCCAUCCCGUGUCCCUCACAGCUCACUCCUGGCUCAGGCAGUGUUCCUGUGGGAGCCAGUGAAGACCAGGGCUCCACCUCCCCAGCUAGCGUGAGCAGCGAGGACUCCUUUGAACAGAGCAUCCGAGCUGAAAUAGAACAGUUUCUUCGUGAGAAAAGACAGCGUGAACACCCGAAGUGCAGUGGGUCUGUGGAUAAAAAAUCAGACCCAAAUGAGAGCCCCGCCAGACUUAGAGGAAACCGAGAAGCCUCAGCCAGGGCAGCUCUGAUAGGAACCGGUAAGGAGUUCAUCUUCCGAAAACCUCCCGGGCUAACAAAGGUGAGCACACAGUCGAGAAACUCACAGCCUAAGCUCACCACGGAGCCUGAGACCCCAGCGAGCACAAAGCUGGCCGCCCACAGACCAGAGGCUGUCCAGAGCAGGGGUGGGACGAAGAGAGGCGUGCCUGCCCGGCGCAGCAAGCACAUCAGGAGCUCAGCCCCGGUGCACCAGGCAUCGGACUCCAGCAGUGACGACGGCAUUGAGGAAGCCAUCCAUCUGUACCAGCUAGAGAAAGCCAGGAAGAAGGCCAGUGGGGACCAACCUCUGAGAGCCCAGCCCAAAGAGGAAAGCCCUGGUAGUACCCAGCCAAGUGCCUUACCUGAAGCCCACAGGAGACCCCCUAGCAAGAAAAAGCUAGCAGUUCCAAAGGUUAUGGACACCACCCAGGGGGGCCUCAACCCUGAUCCCCUCUCUAAGCUCCUAACAGAUUCAAGAGCCUCCAUACCUCCUGGACAUACAGCUGCCAAGAGUGAAGCUAUGCGCCAGGCCUCACACCUAGCACACACAUCCAUCGAACUGAUGUGUUCAGAAGCAAUCCUGGACAUCUCCAAGACCAUCCUGUCAGCCCCCAUGGAAGGCAGUGACAGGCCACCAUCCAGGAACCUACUCUUCUGUCCCCAACCCACGCUUCUCCGCUCUGAAAGUGACAGCAGCAAUGCUGACAGUGAUGACAGCAUUGAGCAGGAGAUCCAGAGGUUUUUGGCCCUCAAGGCACAAGUAGGGAGUCCUCAGCCUGCUCAGGGUCCACUGUCCUCACUUGGCCCCAUUGACUAUCCUGGUGUCCCCAAGGCCCCUCUUGCUAAAACACCAGAUCUCCUUCUGGGCUGCAAACAGAAAUGGAGAGGUGGGGACAGCACUACAGUGACCAAGAAAAUAAAGGAGGGUAGAGAAAGUGCCCAGGACGGUGGCCACAUCUGGGGGAAGGUUCAGCCUGGCCAUGAUGGGUGGGAACCUGUCAGGCAGGGCAAAAUCACAGAGACCCAAGGAGGAGAGGCUGGAGUCAAGGACCGGCCUGUUCCUUCCAGGACAGCUGGGCUCAGUGAUAUACACCUAUCACAAGGCCACGGGCCCCUCAGGAAGGUCAGUGAGGAAGAGAGCUCCGAGGAUAAGAACAGUUCUCAGGACAGUGACACGGACUCGGACAUGGCCAUCAAGGACUUGUUAAGAUCUAAGCGGAAGUUUAAGAAGAGGUGCCGAGACUCACGGGCUUCGUGUAAGGUCAGUUUUGGCAGCACAGAGACCCGGUGUGGGGACUGGGAGGACCACAGACAGCAGGCCCUACGAAGCUGUCUGCCCAAGUGCAGAGGGGACAACAAAGACAGCCCAGGGGCCGAGGGUGCAAGCCCCACCUUUCUCCCCAGGAGGGAAAGUCCAGAAGGGGGUCCUCCCUCUAAGGACGCAGAAGGCAGUGGCCACCCUCCUUCAGCCUCCAGCCCCACAUCCGAGGACAGCGCAGUGGACAGUGAUGACAGCAUUGAGCUGGAGAUCAGGAAGUUUUUGGCAGAAAAGGCCAAGGAGUCUGUACGCAACACAGAACCACAAGGGGGCCCUGCCAAGCCGGAGAUGCCCUGUAGGAAAGAGCCAACUCUGGGGUUGCAGCGUGGAGUGGGCACACGGAGCCAAAAAGCCAGCGGCACCCCUCAGUUGUCCGAAGGAAGAAGAGGCCCAGAGAGAACUAAGACACCGGCAACCAGCCAGACUGGGAGGGGCACCCUCCGUGCUGAGCAGGCCACUGCCCUGGGCCAAUGCAAGAACACCAGCGGGAACGACUCUGCCAAAGCCUCUCCACUAAGCAGGAAAAGUGCUAACGUUCACAAAGACCAUGGCCUAUAGGGAGCCCAGACUGCAAUAGCAGAAAGUGUGUUGGGUCAGGUGCCCAGCUGUGCCAAAACGGGUGCCGAGGUUGGAAGUGCGUGCGGGUUUGGGGGAGGGCGCUUUCACCUGAACUGGCCGAGCCCAAAGGCUCAGGCGACCCUGAGACAGCAGGACAGGAGGAAUUCUGGCUCUGAGGACAAAGUUCUAGACCUGAGAUGUCAGCACAGUGUUGGCAGGGAACAGCAGGACCACGAGACCUUGGGUAGUGAUGCCAGUGAAUUCAGUGACACUUCCGUGGAGGAUGGGGGCAGUGCCACGGUGAGCAGUAAAGGCCUCAGGUUGUAA